AUGUGUGUUCCGGGCGGGCCCGAGGAGGUUGAUAAGGGACAUAAGUUGUGUGCUGUCACUAAAAGGAAUAAUGAAAAGAGGAAGGAGAAAUCUCGGGUGGCAGCUCGGUGUCGGCGCACUAAGGAGAUGCAGAUAUUCAACGAGCUGACUGCAGCCCUGCCUGCCAAGAAGGAGGAGGUGGAACAGCUUGACAAGGCAUCCGUGAUGCGACUGGCCAUCUCCUACCUUCGUGUGCGUGAUGUUGUGUCUAUGCUACCGGCUGACACAGAUGCGCCGACGCUGCAGAGCCCCAAAGGUCUGGAGGAGGUGCAAUCUGAACUGUCCUAUAUGAAGGCCCUGGAUGGCUUCGUUCUGGUGCUCUCUCAGCAGGGCGAUAUCGUGUACUGUAGCGAGAAUAUUGCAGAACAUCUGGGUGUAUCACAGAUGGAAAUAAUGGGUCAAAGCGUCUUUGAAUUCAGUCACCCCUGCGACCAUGACGAGAUACGGGAAGCGCUGCGUGCCUCCAAAGUGGGAAGGCGAGACAUGCUUCUGCGGCUCAAAUGUACCAUAACGGCAAAGGGGAGAAAUGUGCAUUUAAAAUCUGCUUCGUAUAAGGUAAUUCAUCUGACUGGCCACAUGCUGACAGAAGAGAAACCCGAAAAUAAUGAGAUUGAUAAAAAAAGAUGGCGUAAAGUUAAAUAG